AUGAUAAAGCAACAACUUUUAUAAAUUUGUUCAGUUGAUUCCUUUUUCAAUAAUCAUACUUCUUUAUUUCAAAAAUCUUGUCCUGAUCCAUUUAUAGCUCAAUAUUCAAGUGAAUUUUAAAUUAGUCAUCAAAACAGGUUAAUAAUCAAAUAGUUGUCAAUAUGCCAAAAUUUUAUUAAAUUAGGAGAAGAUAAAUACAUAAAUUUGACAGAUGUUUGUAUGCAGAAAAUAGUUCAUCCAAAGACGGGACUGUUUGGAGUUAGGCUUAGUAAAAAUGGGGCAAGUUUUGAAAUGUUUGGGUAAUUGGAUGAAUGGAUAAAUUUAAUAAAGAAGCACACUAUCUAACUAGAUUUUGGUUAGAAGUAUUAACUCUUUAACAAAUUAGGAGAAGGAUAUUCAACAAUAGUAUAUAGGGCAAAGAAUAAAGUAAGCAAAUAGGAAUUUGCUGUUAAGGUAUUUGAUAAAAAAAGAUUGUUGACAAAUAAUUAUGAAUCAAAGAAAUUUUUAAAAGAGUUGAAAAUAAUUCGGCAACUAGAACAUCCUAAUUUACUCCACUUUUACGAAAUUUUUGAAAGCAACAAUCAUAUUUAUAUGUUAGAGGAAUACUUAAAAGGAUAGAAACUCUCACAAUUUUUCCAAAACUCACAACCUCUAAAAGAAGAGUAAGUGUUAAUUGUCAUGAAACCUCUCUUUCAAGCAGUCUAGUAUCUACAUGAUCUCAAAAUAUAUCAUAAAUAAAUUUGUACUUCAAACGUUAUUCUUAAAUAGAAGGAUGAUUUAUCUAAUCCCUGUUUAAUUGGUCUCACUCAUGCUGAGUAACAUACGAAUUUGGAACAAGAUGAUUAUCAAUAUUUAUAAGUAAAUGUUGAGAAACAGAGAUAAUAUUAUAUCAAACUUGAUGUCCUUGCCUUGGGAAUUGUGAUGCAUAAUUUGUUGACAGGGAAUCAAAUGCAUUUUGAUUAAGCAUUAGGUGAUGCUCUAAUGAAUAAAUUUUAAGGAACUACAGAUUUUUAAUUCCUUGAUCCUCCUUUAUCAGAUUAAUGUUUUGAUUUUUUAACUAUAAUUUUUAACUAAGGAUCCAAAUUUAGAACUUGUUAAUAAUUGUUGCAACAUCCAUUUUUUGAUAGAGAAAACCAGAUGUCUAAUAGAAAUAUUCCUAUAUAAUUUCUAGGAACAUUAAAUUAGAAUUAGGCUAUGUUCAGAAUUAGUUCAAAGUAAACUUAAAUGUCUCCAAAAGUAGCUAAAGAAGUAAAAGUGAUUCCAAUUAGAAAACAAUUUAAUAUCAUAUCUAAAAGUCCACAGGAAAAGCCUAAUUUAAAUAGCGAUUAUUUUGAACCUCCAAAAACUCAUUUAAUGUUUAGAAGAGGUAGCAGAUAAAAGAGAACCUUAAAUUUUAAUAAUCAUAAUGAAUAAAGCAAUGACUCAAUAAAUUGA